AUGGUUUCUGCAGAUCUUGCAAGAGAUGUGGUUGGAAUCAUAGGAAAUGUCAUCUCAUUUUUCUUGUUCAUGUCACCAGUGCCAACUUUUAUCCAAAUAUGGAAAAAUAAGUCAGUAGAGCAAUUCUCAGCAGCUCCAUACCUUGCAACCUUAAUCAACUGCGCGGUUUGGGUCUUAUAUGGACUGCCCUUUGUGCACCCUAAAAGCACAUUGGUUUGGACAAUAAAUGGGACAGGAACUGCUAUUGAGAUCGCCUACCUACUCAUUUUUCUCAUGUACUCCGACAAGAAAAGGAGGCUUAAGGUCCUCCUAAUUGUGCUUGUUGAGGUUAUAUUCAUUGCUGCCCUUACCAUUCUGGUCCUAACUCUGGUCCAUACCACCAAGAAGAGAACUGCCGUUAUUGGAAUUGUGGCCAUAGUUUUCAAUAUCAUGAUGUAUGCUUCACCUUUAUCAGUCAUGAAAUUGGUGAUCACUACAAAAAGCGUGGAGUACAUGCCAUUUUACAUCUCCCUUGCUUCCUUUGCCAAUGGUGUUGCCUGGUCUGCUUAUGCUCUCAUCAAAUUUGACCCCUUCAUUCUCUUCCCGAAUGGAAUGGGCACAUUAUUUGCAGUGGCCCAGUUGCUCCUAUAUGCUGUGUACUACAGAUCCACACAAAGACAGAUAGCAGCAAGGCAGGCCCAGGGUGAGGUGGGCUUAGCAGAGGUGGUUGUUAAUGGAAACUCCAAUAAAACAGGUUCCUCACGGAAGGGUCAUGGUUCAAGGGGAUGA